GUCAGAAUGAAAGUCCAAACAGCUGAUAAAAACAUCACAACAAUCCACAAUAAUCCAUACAACUCCAGUCUAUCAGUUAACAUCUUGUAAAGAGAAAAGCUGUGAAGAAACAAACUCAUCUAUAUCUCGGAAGGCCUGAGUCUUAUGGCGGGGUCCAAUGGCACAACUGGGGAUGUGUUUUUCUAUUAUCAGCAAGUCGUUAUUGUAGAAAUGGAUGCUGGGCUCAGUACUAAAACUGCAGUGGCUGUGUUAACAUCUCUGUUCUUCUGUUUUGUUAACUCUAUGAUGUUCUUUACUCUAAGAAGCAAGCGCAUAUUCUAUGAGACGCCGCGCUAUAUUCUUUUUGGCCACAUGCUUAUGAAUGACUCUGUGCUUUUGCUGGGCACAACCAUAUUGUAUACAGUGGGUCUUAGCUUCAUACCAAUGCCUAAUUCCAUCUGCACUCUGUUAGUCUUCGUCUGUUACUGCACUUUCCGUAACGCUCCUCUGACACUAGCGCUGAUGUCUCUGGAGCGGUACGUGGCGAUCUGCUUCCCUCUAAGACACUGCAACAUCGCCACAGCAAAAAGGACCGGAAUCACCAUAGCAGUCAUCUGGUUCCUUAGUUCUAUAAAUAUUAUAAUUGACAUUAUUUUAGUUUUAACUAUCAAACCUGAUUUUUUAGCUGGCAUUAUAUUUUGCACAUUAGAAAAAAAAUUGUAUUUAUUCAAAUGGCAGCUGGAUAAACUUCAAGCGUUUGAUGUGCUUUAUUUUGUGUCUGUUACAGUGAUCAUUAUAUUCACAUACAUUAGCAUUAUGAUCACAGCCAGGUCUGUUUCCUCUGAUAAAGAUUCUGCUAAGAAAGCCCUGAAAACUGUGCUGUUGCACUUGAUUCAGCUGGGACUGUGUCUCACCUCUUUUCUGUAUGCUACAAUAGAGAGAACAUUAUACAUGAUGACUGGAAGCAACUAUUCUCUGUUUGUAAAUCUGAGAUAUCUAAAUUUUCUUAUUAUUCUUAUCCUACCACGCUGUUUGAGUCCUCUGAUCUAUGGUAUGAGAGAUGAAGCCGUGUGGCCCUUGUUUAAAUAUUUUUUCUGCUAUCGUUCAGGCAAAGUAAAGCCUUCUGUUAAUAUACAUUAAAAUUGGUAAUUUGAUAUGCAAAAUGUCAAAAAGAUAUUGUGGCCUGCAACCUUAAUCAUAAUAGUUUGCCAAACUCUCAGAUCAACUUAUUCUCUGCCAAAAAUAUU